AUGAUUAAUCAUCUGCCACAACUGUUUGUCCUUGUGACAAAUCCAUUGUCGCUUGCGCUUUCUAAAACGCUUUUUAUUCGCUUUCAUGAAACCAUUGCACGUUCACAAAAGCACACUAUCGAGGUGUUGAAGGACAGAGGAACCGAGAGAUUGCUGACUGACCAGGCAAAUCACUCACAGAGAAGGUUAACUACUGGUAGUAAUUCUUGUGAGACAAAAGAGCAUUUGACAUCAAGGUUAACUUAAAUUAUAAGAGUAGUCUAAGAAAAUUUUCGAAAUAAAAGAAUUCAUUAUUAAUUGCAUAGUUGUUAAGUGGACCUUGUAAUUACUCAUAACAGCGCAAUCGAAUUCGGUUACACGAGAAGUUGGUAGAAAUGUCAAAAUCUGUUUGUUAUUUCGAUAGCAAUUUAACAGAAUUGAGAAAAUCUGACGCCAUAAAAAUUUGCAAGAACAACUUCAGAGUGGAUAGAAACCCAGCAGAAUUGAAAGAACCUACGGAAACAACGUGUAUCUUUACAAAUGUGGACGAACCAACGGAACGAAACCGUGUUUUGGGUCUGAGUGAUGGCGUAGGCAAAGAAAAUGACCAAAUAUUGAUCGAAAAUAUAUCGGAAAGUGUUACAGAGACCGACGAAAAGGACGAAAGGAAGCGUGAAAUAAGGAGAAAACGAAGCAGCUCUCUGAGUUCUUUAGCACUUCUUAAGCAAACAUUACAAGUGAUUACGGUUGAUGACAAAUACGAACAGAAACUACGAAGGGUCAGCUCGGUUCCCGGAACAUGCAACUCAGGAGAAACUCAACUUGAAGAUGGGUUAUUGACAACAACGUUUUGUUCCACAGAGUUAUAA